GCUCAGAUAUCUGCUAUCAUUAAUUCAAUACGCUUUAAUUUUGUGUAAAUUUUGUUAUUUCCUGUGAAAUAACCAUAAUACCAUAUUAUAAGGAGAAGCGGUGAUAGUCCAGAGGGUAGAACUUCGACUUCACUUUCGGGGGGGCUUCAGUUUCGACAACUGUAUUGGUCUAUAAAGAUAAUUUCAAGUAAAUUACCCUGUUAAUCAGGGGAUUUAAUUCAUUGAUAACAUUGAAAAAAACCCUCAUUUGUAAAGCAAACCUUUAAUGUUGCCUGACAAAGAUAGGUUACUAAUGUAUGCCUCUAGCGCGUCGUUGCAUCGGUUGCUAGCCAAUGUUUAGUUAUUAAACAUUCUAUCUCCAAGUUGGGUCAAGAAUAGGCAGAUAUUAACUUUAAAGCAAUGAACUAGGGUAACACAACAUUUUUAAAAUAAUCCCCGUAGAAUUAUUUAUUCUCAAUAGAUGUUCUUCUUCUUUAUAUUUAGGUAUAGCUUUUCGCAGUUUCAAAACAGCAUAAUGUACUUUGCCAGUGUCAAGUAGUUCGGAAAAAACUCAAUAGAUGUUGCGCAAAUUAUGACUGACAUUUUCCAGUUGCUAGACACUAGACAGCAGCGAACGAAAAAGUAGUUCAUAUUUUACAGAUUGUCAAUUGAUCAGAAAACAAUAUUUUUCUGAUAAUACAAAUAAAAAAAAAAAAAUUAAAAAUACAAAGCAAAGAAAUGGUUUAUCUUCAUUUUCCAUCAAAUUUAACUGAAGAAGAGUUAAUGCUACAGGCUAAAUAUCAAAAAUUAAAGAAGAAAAAGAAAGCUCUUCAAGCUUUAAAAGCGCCUAAACAAGAGCCGGAAAAACCAAUAUUACCGAAGCGCCCCACAGAGGCAAGAGAUGCUCGUGAAAUAGCUCGUAAACUUAUCAAGAGUGGUGCCAUUCAAGCCAUUAAAAGUCCUCCUCCUCAACCACAAAAUGCUACUUUUAAACGACCGCGAGCUGGAAGAGAACGAAAACUUAGUGGUUCUACAGGAGCCACAGGUGGUGUUGCAUCAUACCAGCCAUUCAGUGCCUCUCAAGAACCUCCACCACCAGAAGAUAAAUCUGCUCCACGUGUUAAAUAUUUAUACGAUUCAUUUGUCACUGCAAGAGAGAAAGAGGAAAAAGUUGCUCGCAAUGGAGGUGAAGCUGUACACACAAGUGGGAAAGGAACUUUCUUGCAAGUACUAGGGCCACGGAUAACUGAAGAAAUAAUGAGACGACGUCUGGCAUCAUUUGAACCAUUUACAUAUACUCAAGAGCCAGAAGAAGAGAAGGUCUACCUGGCAUUUGAGAGUGCUGAUAUGGCAACACAUGCACACGCUGCGCUGGAUGGUUGUGAAGAAGGUUGGCGAGUAACAUUUGUGAGGAGGCCUCCACAGGCAGCGGGUUCUUGGACGCCAGCAUCGACAGCAAGAAAUGCACCACCGCCAAAGGAUCCCAAGCGAACUCUUGUAGCUUAUGACGAUAUGUUUGAAUGAAAAUAAAUUGAGAAAUAAUAA